AUGCUGUCUCUGCCCGGGCUUGAGCUUUUUAGCAGUUCUCUCUUUAGUAAAAUCACGUUCCAUGGUUGCUUCAAGAAUACGUUCCGAAUAGCCGAACGUCCGCUACUCGGUCCCCGUAGCAUGUCACAGAAACUUCCCAUGUGGACGGUAGUCACAGCAUCAUCCCGACGCGCCGCCUGCUAUAUCGAUGAUUUUGAGCCUAGUAUCGUGUAG